AACCAAAAAAUUCACAAACCAAACCAAAACAAAAAAAAAUAGCUUCUCUCUCUCUUCUCACCGGUUCAAUCACUAAACCAUGGCGACCUCCGUCGAUAACCGCCAUUAUCCCCGCCUCAACACCGCCAUGAACGGCGUCGUUCACGCUUUCAAACCUCCUCUCGUUCCAUCUCCUCGCUCAUUCGACCGCCACCGUCACCAAAACCAGUCUCUCGACGUCGUCCUCACCGAAAAAAUCGUCAAAGAAACCGAAGUCCUCACCACCACCGUCGUAGACAGUUACGACGACUCUUCCAGCGACGACGAAGACGAGAGCCAUAACCGUAACGUCCCUUACUACAAAGAGCUGGUUAAUAAAUCCAACAGCGAUUUAGAACCGUCGAUUUUAGAUCCGAGAGAUGAAUCAACUGCUGAUAGUUGGAUCCAACGUAACUCCUCCAUGAUCCGUCUCACCGGAAAACAUCCAUUCAACGCCGAAGCACCUCUUCCUCGUCUUAUGCACCAUGGAUUCAUCACUCCUGUCCCACUCCAUUACGUCCGUAACCACGGCGCAGUUCCAAAAGCGAAUUGGUCCGAUUGGUCAAUCGAAAUCACCGGACUCGUCAAACGUCCGGCGAAAUUCACCAUGGAAGAGCUAAUCUCCGAGUUCCCCAGCCGCGAAUUCCCGGUAACACUCGUCUGCGCCGGUAACCGCCGCAAGGAACAGAACAUGGUGAAGCAAACGAUCGGAUUCAAUUGGGGAUCCGCCGGAGUAUCAACUUCUCUCUGGAAAGGAGUUCCGUUAAGCGAAAUCCUCCGUCGAUGUGGGAUCUAUAGCCGGAGAGGCGGCGCGUUAAACGUUUGCUUUGAAGGAGCGGAGGAUCUUCCCGGCGGCGGCGGAUCUAAAUACGGAACAAGUAUUAAGAAAGAGAUGGCGAUGGAUCCUGCUAGAGAUAUUAUAUUAGCUUAUAUGCAAAACGGUGAGCUUUUAACGCCGGAUCAUGGGUUUCCGGUUCGGGUCAUUGUACCCGGUUUUAUCGGUGGCCGGAUGGUUAAAUGGUUAAGGCGAAUCAUCGUCACGCCUCAAGAAUCUGACAAUUACUAUCACUACAAAGACAAUCGAGUCCUUCCUUCUCUUGUUGAUGCUGAGCUGGCAAAUUCCGACGCUUGGUGGUAUAAGCCUGAAUACAUAAUCAACGAGCUUAAUGUAAACUCGGUGAUUACAACACCUGGUCACGAAGAGAUUUUACCGAUUAAUGCAUUCACUACUCAGAAGCCGUACACAUUAAAAGGCUACGCUUACUCUGGAGGAGGUAAGAAGGUAACGAGAGUUGAGGUGACUCUAGAUGGAGGAGACACGUGGAGUGUUUGUGAGCUUGACCACCAAGAGAAACCGAACAAGUACGGCAAGUUCUGGUGCUGGUGUUUCUGGUCACUAGACGUUGAGGUUCUUGAUCUGCUCAGUGCUAAAGACUUCGCGGUUCGAGCCUGGGACGAGUCUUUGAACACCCAGCCUGAUAAACUCAUCUGGAACCUCAUGGGGAUGAUGAACAAUUGCUGGUUCAGGAUUAGGACCAACGUGUGCAAGCCUCAUAGAGGAGAGAUAGGGAUAGUUUUCGAACACCCGACCCGACCUGGAAACCAAUCGGGUGGGUGGAUGGCAAAGGAACGUCAGCUUGAGAUUUCCUCUGAAUCCAACCAAACCUUGAAGAAAUCUGUCUCAUCUCCUUUCAUGAACACUGCCUCAAAGAUGUAUUCAAUGUCCGAAGUUAGAAAACACAACUCUGCUGACUCUGCAUGGAUCAUCGUCCACGGUCACAUCUAUGACUGUACACGUUUCUUGAAAGAUCAUCCAGGAGGCACAGAUUCUAUCCUCAUCAACGCUGGUACGGAUUGCACCGAAGAGUUUGAAGCCAUUCACUCUGACAAAGCCAAGAAGCUUUUAGAAGAUUACCGUAUCGGUGAGCUCAUCACCACUGGCUACGACUCUUCCCCCAACGUCUCUGUCCAUGGUGCCUCAAACUUAGGUCCUUUGUUAGCUCCAAUCAAAGAGCUAGCUCCUCAAAAGAACAUUGCUUUGGUUAACCCACGUGAGAAAAUUCCGGUUAGACUCAUCGAGAAGACUUCGAUCUCUCAUGACGUUCGUAUCUUCCGAUUUGCAUUACCGGUAGAAGAUCAACAGCUUGGUUUACCUGUGGGGAAGCACGUUUUCGUCUGCGCCAAUAUAAACGACAAACUCUGUCUCAGAGCUUAUACGCCAACCAGUGCCAUCGACGCCAUUGGUCAUAUCGACCUAGUCGUCAAAGUUUACUUCAAAGACGUCCAUCCAAGGUUUCCCAAUGGAGGACUCAUGUCACAACACUUAGACUCGUUACCAAUCGGGUCAAUGAUAGACAUCAAAGGUCCAUUAGGACACAUCGAGUACAAAGGUAGAGGCAACUUCUUGGUCAGCGGCAAACCCAAGUUUGCUAAGAAACUAGCCAUGCUCGCCGGAGGAACAGGCAUUACUCCGAUAUACCAGAUCAUUCAAUCUAUAUUGAGUGAUCCAGAGGACGAAACCGAGAUGUAUGUGGUUUACGCAAACAGAACCGAGGAUGACAUACUUGUGAGGGAAGAGCUAGAUGGAUGGGCUAGUAAACAUAAGGAGAGGCUAAAGAUUUGGUACGUCGUUGAAAUCGCAAAGGAAGGUUGGAGUUACAGUACCGGGUUUAUAUCCGAAGCUGUGCUUAGGGAACAUAUCCCUGAAGGUUUGGAAGGCGAAUCGCUCGCACUCGCUUGCGGACCACCGCCUAUGAUUCAGUUCGCGUUGCAGCCGAAUCUAGAGAAGAUGGGUUACAACGUGAAGGAGGAUCUCUUGAUCUUCUAGAUUUGCUCAAGUUGUAUAUGCUAUUGGAAAUUCGAAAGUCGAUAACAAGUAUCGCUUAUGUAAAUACAUGGUUAUUUGGGUACUUUUGUUAGAGUUGUUGUUUAUAAGAGCUCCAAAUGUAUAUUGUAUAAAAUUGUGUUUAAUUU